AUGGUUGAUGCGACACUUGAAGAGUACUUACAAAGUCAAGAAGCAGCUUUCAAGCUCACUCUUGAGGACAUCAUUGCCAGUGGUCAGGAUAAGGAGGAGUGGCCCAGCUGGUAUCUAUGCACUCUUCGCGAGAAGCCACAUAUCCUGUGCGAAACCGUCACAAAUCAUCUGGCCAGUCAUUCUAGGCUUCAAACCCCGCACGGUGUCUCCAAACUUUGCCAUUUCAUGACCAUGGCGGUCUUUGAGGUUAUUCUGGAUAAGCAGUAUAGCCUCGCCAUAUGGAAAUGUAUCAAUCGUCUCCUGGGUCUUCUCGAAGGGUCGUCCAUGGGCAGAUAUUACCAAGAUAGGCUUAUUGAGGAGCUUUAUUGUCUCUGCAAUUGCGUGUUCAAGCGGACGCAUGAAAAGCUUAAACGGCACAUGUCGACUGGUGUUAUAUCUGAGUGGGUUCUCCCUAAGCAGGAUGAUGAGAAUAAUACUCGUGACUGUAUAAAAAAGGAGGUAGGCGAGUUUGUUCUUAACGACCUUCGACCAGACUACCUCUUCUGUUUCUUUAGCCCUGCGUUUGAUAUUUUCACGGGUGACGAGUUCAUUCGAACUUUCUACGAUACUUCCAAAGAGCUACCACUGGAAAUCGAUAGACCUCUCCAAACGGAACUCUACGCUGUCUGUGAACUAAACAUUAUCGUUGGCUUUGUGAAGAAGGUAUUAUCCCUCUUCCCACCUGCUCCCUCUUUUUUAGACGGGGAUUGUAUUUAUAGAUCCACUAUGGAAGAUCUUGAGGCAAAGCUGGCGAGGGUUCGAAGUGGCCUGGAACGAUAUGGUCUUGCUGGCAGUCUUGCACCCUUCUCAAGGCCUGACUCCAACACGAUCAAAAGUCUGACAGAGUUUGACACCGGAAGCGGCUAUGAUGCAACAUUGCACCCAUCCAUGGCUGGAACCCCACUUGUUGAACCUUACAUCGAGGAAGCUGGAAACUCGCCUUUUUCGUGUUGA